CGUUUCCUGCCCCGAUAUCCACAUCAUCCGUGCGUGCGCGUGGCGUUGGCGGCGCUGUCGUAGGUUAGACUGUCCGUGCGGCUGUGUCGUGUCUUGCGCACAGUCACGCAUCGCCUGGUAAGACUUCGCAGAAGAGACGGUUUUCACUGUUUAGUCGGCCGUGAAGGGACUCUACGCGGCGAUCACAACGGCGGCAUCAUGUUGUUCAGGUUAAUCAAGUGCGCUUUUCGAUUCUUCAUCUACUUCCUAAUCGUUUUCCUCGCACUGCCGUUCAUCCCCCUUUCCCUGGACUUCGAGCCGGUUGCAUACAAGGUUACACUGCCUGAAUUCAAGGGUGCACUAGCCCCUAACCAGGCAUUGGAUGGUGUCGAGUACCUGUUCCCAAACCAACUUGUGGGGCCCGAAUCUCUUGAAGCGCAUGGAGGCAGCAUCUAUACUGGCGUUGUCGGUGGACAGAUCUUGAAGCUGACCGGAACAAAGAUCGCCCCUGUGGCCAAGUUUGGCAAGCAGUGUGAGGGACCAUGGGAAGAGGGAAUUUGUGGUCGACCGCUUGGUCUGCGCUUUGACAAGAAGGGCAAGUUGUACACCAUUGACGCAUACAGCGGUGUCAGCGUGGUGGAUGUUACAAAGGGCUUCAUCACGCCAUUGGUACCUAAUGGCAUUGAUUUGGAUGGUCAUCCGCUGGCAUUUCCCAACGACCUUGUUAUCGACGCCGAUGACAACAUCUUCUUCACCGAGACGAGCACCAAGUGGCCACUGAAUAAGAUCCUCUACUCAGUGCUCGAGCACGAGAACUCUGGACGUGUGCUCAUGUACGAGGCGAAGACCAAGCGCACCCUCAUCCUGCUCGAAGACCUGCACUGUCCCAACGGCAUCGAGCUGGGCCCGGACGGUGACAGUAUCAUCAUCGCUGAGCUCACCAUGAACAGGCUGCUCAGGUACUACUACCGAGGUCCACACAAGGGCGACCUCAACGUCUUUGCGGACAACCUGCCAGGAGAGCCAGACAACAUUCGACGCACGCCACGCGGCGGCUACUGGGUGGCCUUUGCGUCAGGCCGCUCACGCGACAAGCUCUCAGUGAUGGACCACCUGUCCGCAUACCCACUGGUGCGCAAGUCAGUCGUGCGUCUCCUCCACCUGCUGGGAUCGGCCCUCAAGUAUGCAUCCACCUUCUACAACUGGGUGCCUCUAAAAGAUGUAGCCUCUAGGAUCGACAAUGGCUGGAUCUUGUAUGAGGCAGUUCCCAAGUACGGUCUCAUUGUGGAACUGGACGCAUCGGGCAAGCCUAUUCGCAGCCUACACUCACCUGCAGGCAAGAUCCACCUCAUCUCCGAAGUCCUCGAGCACGGUGGACACCUGUACCUCGGAUCCUUCCGGAACCGUUUCAUCGGACGAGUCAAAUCAUACUUUCACCACCGAUAUAAAUUAAGGCACCGUUGCAAAGGGCCCAAGCCCUUGCAACCUUCACCCUGUGGCAGCUCGAACGCCUCGGGGCGUUGUGAAGGAUCAGUUUUCCUUCCUCCAGCGCCGCUGCGGUGUUAUCUCUCGCCCCUCAAACCGGUCGCUGUAGCACAUCCUCACCUCACGUACUGCGCGCGCCACGCCGCCCGCCGCAUCGCCGGUCUCACGGUCAAACGCCAGAGCGACAGCCGCAAUUGCGCUCAAGGUACACGCACGGAGGAAUCAAGUGGUUGCUCAGCCGCUGACAAGAUGGUCACGCGGACUUUCAAACCGAUAUUCAAGAUCACCGUGUACGUGGUAACGUUUGCCCUCGUCCUGCCCUUGAUUCCUAUGGCGUUGGACUUCGAGCCUAACGUGAACACGGCUGGUGUGCAAGACCUAAAAGGGCCUUUAGAACCGAACGAUAAACUAGACCAUGUUGAGUACCUCUUCAAAGAUAAACUUCGUGGACCUGAAUCACUGCCCGUGCACAAAGGUAGCAUUUACACUGGGACUGAGGGAGGCGAGAUUUACAAGAUCACUGGCAAUAAGGUGACACUCGUCACCAAGUUAGGCAAAAAAUGUGAGGGCUUGUGGGAAGAGGAAGUGUGCGGUCGGCCACUCGGAAUGCGGUUUAACAAAGACGGACGUCUUUUUGUUAUCGACGCUUACUAUGGACUGUACGCCGUCAACGUGGAGACUGGUUCUGUUCAGCACCUUCUGCCGUCUAGCACUGAAAUUGAAGGAAAGAAAAUUGUUUUCGGCGAUGACAUUGAUAUCGAUGAUGACGGCUCUGUGUACAUCAGUGAAGCGAGCAACAAGUGGCCCCUGAAGAAGAUCAUCUACACUGUCCUUGAGCACGAGAACACUGGCAGGAUUCUCAAGUUUGAUCCCAAGACGCAGAAGACGACUGUGUUGAUGAAGGGCCUGCACCUUCCCAAUGGAGUCCAGAUUUCCCAUGACAAGAAAAGCCUCUUGGUGUGCGAGCUGUCCAUGAAUCGCAUCCUAAGGUACCACCUCAAAGGUCCAAAGCAAGGUCAGACUGAGGUGUUCGUUGACAACCUUCCAGGCUGGCCCGACAACAUUCGGCCAAGCAAGCGAGGUGGCUACUGGGUGGCAUUUGCGACGGGCCGCUCCUCCAAUGACACAAGUGUCAUUGACUACUUCACCCCCUUCCCAUUUAUCCGCAAGGCAACCAUCCGCUUUGUCUAUCUUGUUGGAACAGCAUUGAAGACGGCCUCCCGAUUCUACCCUAUUCCCUAUAUCAAGGAUUGGGCAGCUCAGUUUGAGAAUGGAUGGAUUCUUUUCGAGACUGUGCCACAAUAUGGCCUGGUUGUCGAGCUGGAUGCCGAUGGGCGCAUCCUGAGGAGCUUCCACUCGCCCAAGCACAAGAUUCACUUGUUGUCCGAGGUGCUGGAGCACGACGGCUACCUCUACCUGGGCUCCUACCGAAACCCGUUUCUGGGCAGGAUCAAGCUCUAGUCAUUGCGCUGCUUAACACACCUGCCCAUCAUCACACCUUCACUCACUCUCCAGAGACACUGGCAACAGCAGUACCAGCAUCCUCCAACACAUGCACAUACUCGCACCAGUAACUCUGGCACAACACACCUCUCCAAAUAUAGGAUACUGGUGCCAUCUACAGGGACACACGUACACAAAAAUGAGAAGCUUGUGAUUAACUAACCAAGUUCAUAGCAGCAUUCAGAUGUUUCAAAGGUGCCUUAUGCUCUUUCUGAUAGUUUUUCAUAAUGCUUCCAUCGUUGAUCUAGCUUGGCACAGGUAGUUUGCGUCAUGGGAAGGCCACUGCAUUAAGUAGACUGAUCUAGUAGCCAUGUAAUUGUAGGGAGCUUUCAAUGUUUCCUUCCUUCUCAUCUACAUUUGGAGCUGUUUACAGUUACUCAAAGCAACUAUCUCCCUCAGUGUGAGAAACAGUAAACAAGGAAAACUCCUUCAAUUUCAAUCCUUUUUAUACUGAAAGUGCAGGAUCAUAUGACAGUUGCUUCUGUCAAUACUGGUGCGACGAUCUUCCUAUCAUGCUCGACUAGUAUGCUUAUACCUUUAUACACCAUGAGUGGGAGUGUGAGCAACAGAGUGAAGCACGGAUGUUAGAGAUCAAUAGUAGUGCUGCUCUCGACUAAACUAGUCUUUACAGGCUAGUCAAGUCUGAUGCAGUGUUACGACUGUAAAGUGUAAAAAUGAAGAAAGCAGCAGUUGAAGUUUAUGGUGUCUGCCAACACCCUGAAAGAUGCCAGCUAGUCAGUUGAGAUGCCUGACGGCAUCGCCAUUCGGUCGUCUUGACCUUCAAUGAAUUUGCUUACAUUGCUGACAUAUUACACGAUACUGACAUUUACAAAGUAGCUCUUCCAACUUGCUUUGUCACUGUUCUGCCAUUGUUCUAUUUGUGAGCUCAAGAAUGUAUGACCAGCAAUGCUGCGUGUAGCGAAGCUCAAGUUUCAGAAUGGACUGUCAUGGCAAUCUUGUUCAACCAUGACAUGAACACCCAUGCUGCCACAAUGUAAAGCUUGAAGCAGGCAGUUCCUGAUGCUUAGCUCAAAUCUCACUUAGGGGGUAUAGGCCAUGAACUCCUGCACUUGGAAUACACUUUUACACUACAGUAGCGCAACUCUAACAAAGCUAAACUAAAACUGAAAUGCUCGUAACAUAUUUUUAUUAACUGGUUAAGCUGGUUACAUGUGGUGCAUAAUGUUACGUAUGCUUGGUCUAUGUUCUCGGGUCAACUUUCGGGUACUUUGUUUCAUUUGGAGGCAUGUCUGCAGUGAAGUGGAGUUUAUUCAAUAUCUACAGCAAAACCUCUCUAACACGUAGUUGGCAGUGAAUGUGGAUCAGGUACGCACUAAGCGAUGUACUAAUUAACUAACAAUGGCAGAUGAGUGGCUAUAGACUUGCUGCCCCGCCCCAAAAAAUGUUCUCACUCAAACACACAUGCAGAAAAGUUUAAUAUGCGAGCAGGCAGCACAUAAUCUGAUUUUCACUUGCCGCCGUGGUAGCCUUGCAACAGUGAUGUCAUCCUCAAACAUGGCAAGGCUGCGAGUCAGUUCCUCCAUCAGGCCCCACUUCUCUGUGGACGCCCUCAUGACGGUCAACGCACUAGCUGCGUCAGGUAUAAAAGGGCCAUCAUCCACGUAGAAGCGCUACUAGCUAUGGGAGCAGGAAACGAGUCAUGGCUGCCAUGUUUUGAUGUUGCCAUCAGUGGCAGCUGCAGUCUGGGAAAGGCCUGUGCAUUGCGAUUUUGCUAUUUAUGGUAUGCGCGCACUACAUUUUGCCGAUUCCAUGCUUGUGUGUGCCAACAAAUGAAGUAAAUACUACGCACUAACCGUUUGGCAUCUGUUAAGCGACUACGGCUUAAGUGGUCCGCCAAUACAUAAGGUUUAGUGGCGACAUAGCGGGGACUCACCGCUACUAUAUUUGAACCGAAAUUACUUCUUGAGCGGGUAUGCAUUAACAAGGUUUCACUGCAUAUGGUGGAACCGUACUUCUCACAAAACUGUAUACUGAAGUAAUAUCCCUGAAAGUGAUUACCUGAGAAUACAGCUCCUGAACUACCUGUUGUCGCUAGUGUUACAUGUAAAUACAGAAGCUUUUGGAAAAUGUGACUGUUGUUCUAUUACUUUUUGAUGUAGCUCUUGUGCCUUUCUGCCAAAGUGGCGUACGUCCAUUGCUUGUGACAUCGCCAUUGAGCAAGUUUUUUUAGAGGAAGGAGCAAUUGCCUGAAGCGUGAACAUGAUAGGCUUGAAUGAAAUGCUGCUCUUGUGUAUAUGCUAUGUAUUGUUUAUUGAGAAUGUUCCUUCUAAAACUAUUUCAAGUUUAGAAACACUUCUCAGAGGGCUGUUGUAUGUCCGCACUUCUGUGAAAGGCAAGAGUUUACCAAAUAAAAAAUGUGGUUGAUUAAAUUUUUUGAAAGCCAUACUACACAAAUUAUGGAGAAGUUUCAAGUCUAUCGUACUGCAUAUUAUAAGGAGACUUCCUUAACAUGGCCUGUACAUAUAUGGGAUAUAGUGAUAGGGAAGAGGGUGACAUAGCUUAGUUACUGGGCAUUUUGUAAUGGUUAAUGGUUGUUUGCUAAUUUCUGAACAGGCAUUUUUCUGUGUGCACUUCAACCAGGGCAUUAUACAUACCAGUCGUUUUCAAAUUUUUUUGCGACUGUUUCACAAAAAGUUCUGGGUUGUGCAGUUUACGGGCAGAUGUUGCAAUAAAAGCAUUCACUUGUGCCAACAA